AUGGCGAAUCACAACAACUCUUCCCCUUCGCCUUCACACUCCAAAUCGCACUCCCACUCCGGAGCGACGAUGGCGAAGCACCAACUCGCCAUACCUCGACCAUCAUCAUCGCCUUCAUCAUCGCCAUCAUCUUCACCACCUCAAUCACCACCAAACACCUCCGCCCCUCUAAACCCCCGACCCACGGCCGAAUACCAACCGCGAUUGCGACCAAAAAGGCACCACAAGUCUACCUACUCCCUCCGUCGAGCCUCCGUCAUCCUAUCUCCACCCCUCUCUCCAUCCCAUGGCACCCCUCCGCCGCCCGUCUCCUCGCCAUCAUUAUUCUCACCACCCUCCCCGUCCUCUCGCCCCGUAUCGCCGCUUUCAUGCUCUCCGCCCGCCUCUCCACCCACCACGACACCGCCGAACCACACGGCUCCAGAACACGACGACAACCGCGACAACACAGCGUCGGACAUGAAAACCAUCUGGACACGACGAGGAGCCCUCUACGGCGACCACGACAGUGGCGAUUAUGACGAUCUCUUCGAUCCUCACGGUGGUACCUAUGCCGCUGAGAGGGAGAGGAGAAACGCCAUUUCGGGUCCUAGCACUGGGUACUUGACUGGGGUUCUUCCGUGA